AUGGCUGUCUACCAACCUUCGAGCGCAGGGCAGUUUGCAAGUCGGAACAGGGAGCUGCCUUCGAGAUACACAAGCAUCGUGGAUAUACUUGCUGGGAGGGUGCCUAUAGGCCGACUCAUCAGCGUCAUGGGCUUGGUAAAGGAUUACCAAGUUCCCAUCCCGACGAAUGGAAAUCAUCACAAAUGUACAAUCACUAUUUACGAUAAAUCGGUAGAAUACGACCAAGUUGGCCUUUCCAUUAGCAUAUUUCGUCAACCCGGUGAAAUGCCCAGGCCUACAGCUGGAGAUGUCCUAGUCAUUCACUCGGUCAAGGUCCAGUCGUAUCGUGACACCAUAUCAUUAAUCGCUAACAAAACAACGACGUUCUACAUCUACUCAGCUUUAGAAAUCCCUGAGCCGCCACAGUCUGCCGAAGGUGCUCUUCAGUCUCCCCAGCAUGUUCGAGCCCUUGGCGCGCAAGACCACGAGUAUGUGUCUUGCUUGUAUCACUUCACCAACAAAAAGUCAAUUCCGGAUAAGGAAACCUUCCAGAAUCGUGUUGAUCAAUCGGCCCGCGCAAAAGACAAAUUCUGCAAGCUAGAAAAUGUCGUAGACCACCAGUUCUGCGACAUCAUUGUAAAUGUAGUGAAGGCACCAUUUGAUCAGAUGGACAAGGCCACUUUCUGGGUAUCAGAUUAUACCGAGAACAGUGCUUUCCACAAGUUCUCCUGGGAUGGUGCUCAGCAGCUGGAAGCGCUGGGAGACCAGGAUGGCUACCUCACUACAGAUUAUCACACAGCAACCAAAUGGGCCGGCCCCUUUGGAAAACGCUCAAUGCAAAUUACCUGUUUCGAACCGCAUGCUUCUCAAGUCAAGUCAGAAGUGCAGUUAGAUCAAUGGAUUCGGAUUCGAAAUUUACGCAUCAAAUUUGGGAAAAAUGGUCUCAACCUGGAAGGUACAUUACACUCUGGCGGCGAGUUCGCCCACCGGCAAAUCGACGUCUUGAAAUGGCAAGGAAGAGACGAUUGUGACCCGCGUCUCAAAGAUGCCAUUCGGCGAAAAAAAGAUUAUGAGAAUCUCAAGAAAAAACAAAUGAAUAGCUUUGCAGAAAAUGCGCGUGCAGAAGAUGCAGGUAUGAAGCGGACGGCAGAAAACAGUGAGACACCAAAGCUGAAUUCGAAGAAACGACGGACCCAGAAGCGAGCGGCUGCAAAAAAGGAAGUCGAGGAACUAGAUAAGCAGGCUGAGGAGCGACUCGGCUUGAAUGAUCUCAUCAGAUGUGAACACAGUGAACAGCCCACGACCGCCGUCUCCUCCAUAGUUGAUCCGGUACUCUGGAAGACCACAGUGGAGGGCGAGGAAGUGACGUUGACACUCCCUUUCACAUGUGCUAACUAUCGUACUAACGUCCGUGUUGUUGACUUUCGUCCACCCAAAUUAGAAAGUUUCGCAACCUGGCGCGCGAGCACUGAGUAUGACGUGCUUUCUGACUGCAGCAGCGAUUCAGACUCGGGGUCUGACGGCGACAACGACUCCCUUACCCAGGGUUGGGGGGAGAAAAUCUGGGAGUGGCGGUUUGCGCUACAACUCGAGGAUGCAGAUCCGAAAUCGAAAGGAGAGAACAAUAAGUUCUGGGCAGUUGUCAACAACGUCGAGGGGCAGCUGCUAACCGGCUUGGACGCUUGCGAUCUCCGAAAAGAUCCAGAUGUUCUAAGCUCCCUUCGUGAACAACUCUUUAGGCUAUGGGGCAAUCUCGAAGAGCUGAAGCGGCACGAGCAGAAUCAACAAAUCACAAACCUGCGACGCGUGGCAGCCAACCAACCACCCCCAAGCUCGCCAGUGUGUGUCGAUUAUCCAUACUCGCAACGAAAAACUGACGACAUAAAGAAUAAGGGCCAUAAUGGGGUUGGACUGUCAAAUAAACCAUUUUCAUGCUGUAUUCGGCAGUACGGUGUGAGCCUACGGGAGCCUGAUCCGCAACGCGCAGACGCUGGCGAGGGCCGUCGAUGGGCGAGGGUAUUUGGGCUCUUUGGGACCAAGAUCCACUCUUUCACACUCGACUCACCAUUAAAUUAG